AUGCCAUUGGCAGGACAGAAACGAAAGCGGACGUCCAGCGAGAAUAUCCUUCCCACACCACAAGCGAAACACCCAUACCUGAGCGGCAACUUCGCCCCCAUCCAGCAGACGCUGCCGUUGACGAAAUGCACCUUCAUGGGCAGGAUACCAGAAGAGCUGGCCGACGGCGAGUACGUUCGUAACGGAAGCAACCCAGUCUCGAACGAGGACUUGGGAAGAGACGCACAUUGGUUCGAUGGAGAUGGCAUGCUGUCGGGAGUCUCAUUCACCAAGGACAAGGCUACGGGAGAGGUGCAGCCGGACUUCGUGAACCAAUUCGUCCUGACAGACUUGUAUCUGAAUACUGUCUCCUCGCCACGCCUACGAGUACCCAUCUUGCCUUCGAUAGCGACCUUGGUCAAUCCUGUUGCGAGCUUCAUAUACGUGACGCUACGAAUCCUAAGGACGAUAUUGCUGGUGAUACUGUCGCACCUACCCGGUUCGAAACAUCCCAUCAAAAAGAUCAGUGUGGCCAACACGCACGUUCUAUACCACGAUGGAAGAGCGCUUGCCACGUGUGAAAGUGGCCCGCCCAUACGCAUACAAUUACCUGGACUCGAGACUGUCGGCUGGUACGACGGUGCGUCUGCUGAGGGUGAGCCGGCGAAAGAGACUGAAGACAAAGAAUCCGUGCUGGGACAAGAUGGCGGACUUAUAAGCUUCAUGAGGGAGUGGACCACAGCGCACCCAAAAGUUGACCCCAACACGAAGGAGAUGAUCAUGUUCCACUCGAGCUUUGCACCUCCCUUUGUGCAGUACAGCAUCAUCCCUCAGACCGCCCAGGUGGAGUCGGGAGUUCAGAAUGGCGAUGCUUCUGGGAAGAUCCUCAAUGCCGCGGUACCUGGCGUGAAGAGCGCUAAGAUGAUGCACGACUUUGGUGUUUCGCGAGAGCACACCAUCAUCAUGGACCUGCCGCUGAGUCUGGAUCCCAUCAAUUCGUUGAAGGGAUUACCGCCAGUAUCCUACGAUUCUAGCAGACCUUCGCGAUUUGGUGUGUUUCCACGUCGGAAGCCAAAGCAGGUCAAGUGGUUUGAGACGGAUGCGUCUUGCAUCUUCCACACCGCCAACAGCUGGGACGAAGCAGAUAGUUCGGGUCAGACUGCUACAGUCAACAUGCUUGCCUGCAGACUGACCUCUGCCACGCUCAUCUUCGCGGCUGGCAACAUCGCUCCACCCGUGGAAAAGCGAGAGAAAGCAGUAGCAAUCGCCAAGAAGCGCAUGCCGUUCUUCUCGAAGUACGACCAAGAUGCCGAACAAACGUACUUUGAGCAGUCCACUGCGCUUGAGUCACCCUGCGAGGAGAAGGAGCCAUUACUCCACAUCGCCAAAGCCGACCGCGAGGACGACUACGAUGAUCUCUUUAAUGAAGACCAAUGCCGUCUUUACUACUAUCAGUUUGAUCUUCGCUCUGGCAGCAUCAACUAUCAGUGGGCGCUGUCCUCCAUACCCUUCGAGUUUCCCUCUGUUCGGCCAGACCUCGAGAUGUCAGCCGCGAGAUACAUUUACGGCUGUAGCACCACAACAACGAAUUUCGGCUCCGCACUUGGAAAGGCCACCAAGAUUGACGCUCUCGUUAAGAUUGAUGCCACCGCGCUCAUCACUCGUGGACGCACGACUCCCCCUCGAAGCGUUACUGGUGUCGUGGAUAGCAGAUCCAUGGCUCAAGUCCUCGAAAGCAACGACCCUCACGACCCGAUCCAGGUCUUCCAAAUGCCAGAAGGCUGGUACGCGCAAGAACCUCGCUUCGUGCCUGCUUCGUCGAACGCGUCAGAAGACGACGGAUACUUGCUCUUCUACGCUUUCGACGAAUCCCAGCUCGACUCAAACGGCGACGUACCAACGGAUUCAUCGCCUCUCCGAGCCAAGAGUGAACUGUGGAUUGUGGAUGCCCAAGGAAUGAAAGACAUCGUCGCCAGGGUCAAGCUGCCUCAGCGAGUGCCGUAUGGGCUGCAUGGAACGUGGUUUUCAGCAGAGCAGAUCAAGGAGCAGAGGCCUGUGGACUGUAUCAGGACUACAGCAAAGGCGAUGGAGGGUAAAGGUGAGGGUUGGUGGAUGAGCACGAGAGAUCAGUUGGAGAGGAUGUUGGGGUAA